AUGUCGUCCAAUCCACCAACCGCAAAAAUGCAGCCCACGCAGACCGAGAAGACUGAAGUAGAUCCGGCGAAAGCAUCAAAGACUGCCACAACCCAGCCGCCGGCAAUGCUUGAAGAAGACGACGAGUUCGAAGAUUUCCCUGUUGAAGACUGGUCGCAAGAAGAUACUGAAGUCCCAGGCGGGACCACACAUCUCUGGGAAGAGAGUUGGGAUGACGACGAUGAGAACGAAGAUUUCAGCAAGCAAUUGAAGGAGGAGCUCAAGAAAGUUGAAGCGGAUAAAUAG